AGGAAGCUGCCAUGAGGAAGAGGAGGCUCUGUGUGAAAAUGAGCCCUCGUGAGGCUGCCGAGACAGCUGUAUAUGACAUCCAGAUCACUGCGAAGUCCAAGUACCACCUUGUUAACUAUACCUGUGUAGGUGAGAUAAACAACAUGGGGAUAUGGUAUCGAACGGGAGAUGUUCCUCAGACGUCUCAGGAGAAAAGUAGUGCGUCUAAAACUGACAUUGAACACAGCACGAUAAGGAAUACUGUCAGCAGACCACAGUAUAAACAGCACAGCAGUUGUAACACCAUGACAGCUCUGGAUGACGUGCCGUUCAUAGUCUCCGAGAAGUUUCAUGAAAAGCCCCAAGAGACUGAGUGAUGAAUGCGUGCAGUCAGGCAGAUCUGGCUCAAUGCAGUCCAUUUGGCUGGCUGGCAGUGGUUGUCACUAUAGCCCCGUUUGUAUUGACACAGAGAGGGAAAGGAUUAAAGAUUUUAAGCAUGCUUACUUAGCCAUGAGCCUAACCGCCAUGUUUCAUGUGUUUUUUUUUCUUCUUCUUCUUCUUCCUCCUCCCUCCUCCUCUCCCUGCUUUUGAUUUCAGAUGCAGCAAGUCAAUUUAAUGGGCAUUACGAUCAAAUCCCUGGCAGAGAUCGAGGAGGAAGUGAGUAGAGGCUGCAACGCUCGACUGCCGCCAACGCCGCUGGCCCAGAAUGCAAAGCAAACGGUCUUGGGGUUGUAAUUAAGUGUCUGAGACAGCGAGGCCCUGUUGGCUCCACUAAGCCCCAAUUGAAUAAAAGCAUGGCCAUGCCUAGGCAGCCAUUCUCUCUUAAAA